UUUUUGUUUCCCCUUAUCCGCCAUUUCAGUUUUUGAAGUUAGUUGUCAUCAGUCGCUCGAUUGUAGCUUAAAUUGAGUUGCAAAAACACAGCACCAGACCGGUGCUCUGGGGUUGACACUGAAACGCGGAGGGUUCAACCGGAUACGACCCCCCUGUGUUGGUGACUGAUGACCGUGGGCUGGUCGCGGAUGUCGCCUGCUCUACAGACGGCUUCCAGGCGCUAAAGUUCUGUAUGAGUUGAAGCCUUGCUGGUGGGCACGGGGAAGGCCCGUGAAGCCUCGGCUCUCGAGUGAGGAGCAUGGCCGGUCACUUCGACGCGGAGGACCGCGGUACCUGGUACUGGGGUCGUCUGAGCCGACAGGAGGCGGUGUCGCUGCUGCAGGGCCAGAGGCACGGCGUGUUCCUGGUCCGGGACUCCAUCACCAGCCCCGGGGACUACGUGCUCUCCGUGUCGGAGAACUCCAAAGUCUCGCAUUACAUCAUCAACAGCAUCAGCAACAAUCAAAGACUAUCCGGCAAUCCAGGUUUGGCCCCUCCGAGGUUCCGUAUUGGCGACCAGGAGUUUGAGGCUCUCCCUGCUCUGCUGGAGUUCUAUAAGAUCCAUUAUUUGGAUACUACUACCUUGAUAGACCCCAUCAAUAAGUCCAAACACACCUCCUUUAUUAGCACCAAAACUGGCCAUGGAGGAGGGCCCCCCCCGCGACUUGAAGACGAGUUUGUCCGCGCCCUGUUCGACUUUUCCGGGAACGAUGAGGAGGAUCUCCCGUUCCGGAGGGGCGACAUCCUGCGUGUCCUUGAGAAACCGGAGGAGCAGUGGUGGAACGCCGAGAAUUCUGAAUGCCGCGCCGGGAUGAUACCCGUGCCCUACGUUGAAAAGUACAGACCGUCAUCUCCCAGUGCUUUGGUUGGACCAGGCACAACGGGAUGUCCGCCACCGCUAGGUAACUCUGAUGGGUCUAUGGCACAGACCGGGGCUCCCCUUCUGGGGGACCCAAGUCAGUAUGCCCAGCCUACCCCUCUUCCAAACCUCCAGAAUGGACCUGUGCUAGCCAGAGCCAUACAGAAGAGAGUACCCAACGCCUAUGACAAAACUGCCCUGGCUUUGGAGGUUGGCGACAAGGUAACGGUGACCAAGAUCAAUGUCAACGGCCAAUGGGAGGGCGAGUGUAAAGGCAAGCGAGGCCACUUCCCCUUCACACACGUCAAACUGCUGGACCAGCUCAACCAAGAGGAGGAACUCAGCUGAGAACUCCCCCAGCCCCUUUCCCUCCCCCUAAACAAGAACCCCCCCCUCCACCCGUAGCUGUCUCUCCCCUGGACACUAGUAUUACAGAGUCAGUCUUCAUUCCUAUUCACCACCUUGUAAACCAACACCCCUAUGACACCACCCCACUACAUAAUGGAUCCAAGAAUUGUGGAGCUUGGUAAACUAUUAAGACUGUGACUAACUCUCCAUCAGUUGAACCCUCAUACUCUUUAAAAAAUAUAUAUACCACCUUGUCUUCGCCCCGGCCAAAUGACCCCUCUCCUUAAAAACACCUCGCCACCGCAAAUGAUGUCUUCCUUUCUUCCAGAAGAGUUUGAAUUUGGGCCAUCCUCUCCAUAUCCUUUUGAUUGCUGCAGGACUUUGAGGCCAAGCCACACAACUAGUGUUUACACAGAAAUAAUAUAUGAGGCUGUGCCUACAAUAGCCAUUGCAGCAGGAGCCCGGCUGGCGCUAGUGUUGGUUCUUAUUUACUGGGAGAUGAUGCACAGGCCUUUGACCUCACUGAGUAAACGUACCCACCCACUCCUCUCUCCCCCUGGGCAUGAAAGCUGUCUUAUCUAUACUGGUUUUGUCUUUUGCUUUGUAAGGCACAUAUUCACAGACUAGAGAACCCCAGCACUGAUCCAUGUGUCGUCUUUUUUUUUUUGCUUGGUUGGAUGAAGACACUUGAAAUGGAAUAGUAUGGGAUUUCCAUUACAUGGAAAACAAGGGACUAUUCUAUCAGGUUUUUUCUUGAGGUCUGAGCACUCGGGCCAAGUGUUCAGAGAAGGCACACUGUUGGAGGGGUCCACUACUUUGCAUGGGGUCAAGGGAAGAGUGGAAGCUUGCGCUCUGCGGAUAAAUUGAGGCCCCAUUCGUACCCCUAUAUCAAGACCGUAUAUCUCUCGUGUGCAUUUGAGUAGCUGUUGAAUUGACUGUAGGUGGUCCACUACUUUGUUAUUUCACUUAAGUCAAUGUACAGUGGAAGUUUUUAUUCCCAUUUGUUCUCAUGCCAUCUGGAACCACAUUGUCGCCUUUAGUGACUUCAGACUUCAUCCUAGCCUAAUUUCUCUGUUAUAAUGCUCCAUUACAUAUUAAAACUCAUCUGCUUGUGAUAAGCAAACAAAACGCUAAUUUAAAACGAUUACUGAAAUUUGGCAGGUCUUUUGCCUUCAGAUAAUUAAUGGUAAGGUGCCAUUUAGAUAUAAUGGUAGAUGAUUGUUUUGGGGUAACUUUGGACAAAUGACAAUUGUCAUUUUAAAUCCCUCUCAUUAUCCAGGGGUUGGAUUUUGUUACCUUUUGUUGAAAUAAACAAGGUUUUAUGCUUAAGGUUGAUCUUUCGACACGUGCAGGGAUCAUACCAGUAGAUAGCGCUAUUGCAUAAAGGGAAACGCGACUUCUGGGAAAAAUAAAGUUGCCCGUAAAUUUGCAGAUGAAGGUAAAAUAGAAUUUUUAACUGAACGCACUUGAAAACCUUUAGUUUUGUAUUUUCUACAUGGGGUUAAUAUACUGGUAUUUACUUAAUGAUCAAUUUCAGCGUUGAUGGUUGGAAAAAUUUGGAUAGAUUCUCAUUUUAAGAAGCCUUCCAGUUCCUCCUGUUGAACCAUUUAACGUCCCAGCUGGUAGAUACAAGUAGACCAUUGGAAGCCAACAAUGUAUCCAGUUUUUGGAAACUAUUAAUUUUUGUUUGAAUGAAUGAUACAUUUUAUCAGUGUAGCCACCGCACAUCAGGACGCUCGGGGGUAAUUCACUAUUUACAUGCCAAGUGCUUACAAACAUCAUUUCAAGUGUGGUAGUAAUCCUGCAAUCAUUAAUUUCCUUUCAUGUGAUGGAGGGGAGGUGGAUGAAGCCGACAAAAUUGUGUUAAUAUCUAAAUGUGCCAUUUUAUUUUAACACUAUAUUCUUUCAAAACAAUUAAAAUGACAUUUUAUUUUGUGUAGCAUGUAAUAUGUUAAUACAAUACAUGAUGGCAAAUAAAUCGAAUCAUGGUGAAAA